GCGCACAAUCUUCAAGUCGAACGCGCUAUUAUUUCGCUCCUGUCGCAGCUUCACACUCCAGUCCAGCGGGCGGCUCUAAAACACAUGCGUUUGUUUGCCAAACACCAUUAAACCUCAGAGGAAGAGGUUUAGUUUCACUGCGCUCUCUUUUGUUUUGUCGUGAUGCUGUUUUAAUGCAAACGGUUAGGUCAAUUAAUAACUGUAAUAUUGUCAUUCUCACAGUCGUGACUAAGUUUUGAAGCAAGCAGGAAUAUCUGAAGGAGUAUCAUCUGAACUGAGAUCUGCUGUGAAGAUGGUGUUUGUUAAAGAGGAGAGUGAAGAGAACACGAGUGAACCAGAAACCUGGAGAAUAAAACAGGAGGAACCAGAAACCAGGAGAAUAAAACAUGAGGAACCAGAAACCUGGAGAAUAAAACAGGAGGAACCAGAACCCUGGAGAAUAAAACAGGAGGAACAAGGAGGCCUGGUGAAAGUGAAAGAAGAAAGACAAGAUCUGAAUGAAGUGGAGGAGAAGCAUCAGGAUCAGAAAGCUCAUGAUGUCACUGGAGAAAAAUCAGCGAGUUGCUCCAAAACUGAAAACAGUUGCUCACAAAGCAACAUUCAAAUAACAGAAGUCAAAGGGCCUUUCAGCUGCUAUGAAUGUGGAAACACUUUUACGGGUAAAAAACACCUUAAGAAUCACAUGAGAAUUCAUAAGAGAGUAAAGCCUUUCACCUGCUCUGAGUGUGGAAACACUUUCAAACAGAAAAGAAGCCUUGACGAACACAUGAUGAUUGUUCAUACUGGAAAAAGGCCUUUCAGCUGCUCUGAGUGUGGAAAUACUUUCACACGCAAAGGAAGCCUGAAGAAUCACAUGUUAAUUCAUACGGGAAUAAAGCCUUUUACCUGCUCUCAGUGUGGAAACACAUUCAGCCAUAGAGGAAACCUUUGGAAUCACAUGAAAAUUCAUGCUCAAAUAAAGUCUUUCAGCUGCUCUCAGUGUGGAAAGAGUUUCACACAGAAAAGAACACUUAAUGAGCAUAUGCUAAUUCACACUUCAGAAAAACAAUUAACUUGUCCUCAGUGUGGAAAGACUUUUACAUGUAAAGGAAGCCUGAAGACUCACAUGUUAAUUCAUGCUGGAAUAAAGCCUUUCGUCUGCUCUCAGUGUGGGAAGAGUUUCACAUAUAAAGGAUGCCUUAAGGUUCAUUUGCUAACUCACUCUUCAGAAAAGCCUUUCGUCUGCUCUCAGUGUGGAAAGAGUUUCACGUGUAAAGGAAGCCUACAGAGUCACAUGCUAAUUCAUGCUGGAAUAAGGCCUUUCAGCUGCUCUCAGUGUGGAAAGAGUUUCACAUGUAAAAAAUAUCUUCGGAAUCACAUGAAAACUCAUACUGGAAUAAAACCUUUCAGCUGCUCUCAGUGUGGAAAGAGUUUUACUGAGAAAAGACAACUUGAUGUUCAUGUGCGUAUUCACACUUCAGAAAAGUCUUUCACCUGUCCUUAGUUUAGAAACACUUUCACGUGUAAAGGAAGUGCUGAGAGUCACGUGUUAAUUAGUGCUGGGGAAAAAGCCUUUUACUUGCUCUCAGUGUGGAAAGUGUUUCGCCUGUAAACAAGAAUUUAAUCGCAACAUGAGAAUUCACACUGAAACAAUUGAUUUUAAUAUCUAUAAUGUACUUGAAGUAUGCAGUGUUAAUUUUGGCAGCAAAUUUUGAUUUUGUUUUAGUCAUAGCCUUUUGACUAAAAUGCCGUUUAGUCAUGUUUUAGUCAUCUGAAUUGUUUUAGUCAACUUAUAGUCUGCUACAUAUAAGAUUUUAGUUCACUAAAUUUACAAUAAAUUUAGUUAACUAAAAUCUAACGAGUUUAUUUAAAUUGUUUAGUUACAUUUUCAAAAUUAUUUACUUCUGGAGAAAACAUCUGUAAAUCUGUUAAUAUGAAUGAUAUUAAGGUUUGAACAUGCAAUAUGGACAGAUUUAACUGCUGUGAGAUAUUAGGCCUUUUUCUGGAAAUUAAAUUAAACCACUUCUGAAAGAAAAAAGAACAUGAUCUUCUUUUCAAUUAAUAAUAUAUGGGUUGUUAUGGGGUUAUUAUAUGUGACAUGGCAUUUUCACUGUCCCACAAGAUAAAAAUUUAUAUUAUUUUAUACAAUAAACAAUUAUUUAAAAUGGUAAAAAUAUUAUAUAUAAAAAUAAAAUAUAUUUUGCUGUACUUUGGAUCAAAUAAAUGCAGGCUUGGUGAACAGAAGAGACUUCCUUAAAAAACAUUAAAAAUUUUACUGUUCAAAAACUUAUCACUGGUAGUGUAUAGGCAAGUUUAAUUUUUCUCUUUUUUCUAGCUUUUAAUUGGCUAAGACGUCAGAUACAUUGCUGGACAAUAAACAAUAAUAAUGAUUUGUUUAUAUACUACAAACACAUUUUUAUCACAUAAUAAGGCAGAAUAGUUUCCAUACUGUAAUAAAUGUCAAUUAGCACUGCAUUGUUAUUUACUACCUGGAGAUGACUUGAAAAAUACAAAUGAACCAUACAGUAUAUUGUCGCAAUCGUAUAUUUAAUGUCUUCAUGUUUCCAACCAUUUCUGUUUUUCUGUGAAAACGACUGUUUUCAUGCAGCGAUAGCAAGACGCUUUUGUCCAUAUUUAGGACUUUCCUUUUCUGCAGGAGAGCGCCCUCGUGGGGGUUGGCGGGGGGGUGAGAACAUGACUCACUCAUGUUUCUUUUUUAUUAUUAUUAUUAGCCCACUAUUAUUAUAAUUCUUUUUUUUAUUAUUACAAAUUAAACAAACAGUUAAACACCAUGGA